GUUUUGCGACCGUAUAAAUAAUCCAAACUUCAGUAGAAUACAUUUGAAUGAAGGAAUAAUAAAAUCUGUCCCACUCAGACACAACCUGCUCCUUUAAUCCCAGUCUGAGGAUUAUUCUCUCUCUGUAUUAAUCUGUCUUCUGACCCCUCUUCAUCCUCGUCAUCUUCCUCAUCCCUCUCUGUCUCACUCUGUCCUUAUUUCUCUCCAUCUGUCUGUUAUUGUCCAAGAAUAUGGAUUUAUUUUCUUUAUAAAUAACAUUUGUAAUCAUAUAUCAUGUAUCAUUGGCCUUUUUCACAUUCAGUAGUUGGAUAAACUCUCCAAUGAAACCUAACAAAGUUCCAUUCGGGUCAAACACAGUGAGGUUGUUUCAGUGUCUCUGUCCGUCCUCCAGUGUCAGUCCUCGUUCUUCAGCUUUCUGUGAUUCAGAGUUUCCUGAUGGACAGAUAUCUUUAGCUAAAGUAGCUAACUGCUGAUUAGCUGCUGCUAACUGUAUCUGCUGUUAGCGGGUAACAGAACCGGGCUCAGCAGCCGGACCGGGACCAGCAGAGCCCGCGGAGACGAUGCAGUCGAUGGUUUGAACUCAUAACUUGUUUUUCUGUCAUCUCACUUCUCAGGCAGAUUCAAAAUGGCCACCGGUGACUGAACACAAUGUCCCACACUGUGAGUCCUCCACUGCCCUCUUCUUCUUCUGUGGUGGGCCCGCCACAGAGGAUGAACCUUCUUCUUCUUCUUCUUCUUCUUCUUCUUCUGAUCCCUCCCAACCUGGUGAUGACAUCAUCAGUUACCGUGGCCCUACGGCGCCGUGGUAACAGAGUCUCUGCCAACAUCUGCCAGCGCUCUGAGAUGCCAGACGGAGGACUGACGGUCCGCUGCGGUGGACUGAGACUCACUCAGGUACCUGUCGAGCUCUCUAACUUCACCAUCCGUCUGUUUCUGGAUAAAAACCUGCUCCGCUCUCUGCCCGCCGACUCUUUCCUGGAUCUGUUCCUGCUCGAUGAGCUCAACCUGUCGCACAACCAGCUCUCCUCACUGGAAGCCGGUUGUUUCCGUGGUUUGGCGUCCUCGCUUCGUUUCCUAGACCUCUCGUCCAAUCGGCUGUCUACGUUGGAUCCGGCGGCACUCGGUGGCCUGCAUGCUCACGCCAACCUCACACACAACCCCUGGCACUGUGACUGUCGGAUGCAGCUGUUGACGCCUCAGUUGGAUCUGGACCCAUCGUCUCUGGCUGAAGUCGUCUGUCAAACCUCUGACCUCCCAAACCUCGGAGCUGUUGGGAUCCCUCUGGUCCUACUGGUGGAGGACUGGGAUCUGUGUCGGUCUGUGAGGAGAACCACCGAUGUGGUGAUGCUGGUCACUAUGUUCCUCUGGUUCUCCGCCGUCAUCUGCUACCUGGUCCACUAUGUCCGAAAGAACCAGGAGGACGCCCGCCGACACAUGGAGUACCUCAAGUCUCUGCAGGGGCGCCAGGUGAAGGAGGACGGAGCAUCCACCAGAGGAGACCAGGAGAUCCUCAAGGACCCCCUACAACUUCCUCAAGGACCUCUAGAACUUCCUCAAGAGUUUGUGGAACAUCCUCAAGGACCUCUAGGUUCUCCUCAAAGUCUACAGACCCACCUAAAGGACUUUCAGAACCUCUUCAAGGAUAGCCAGGAAUCCCUGAAGGACUCCAGGGAAUAUCUCCAAGAACCCAUGUAACCUUUUCAGGGAACUUUAGAACUCCUGGACCCUCCUCAAGGAUGUCUGGAACUUCCUCAAGGACCCCUAGGAAAUCCCCCAAAGCCCAGAAGAGACCCUUUUCUUAAAUACUUAAAGGCUCCUCUAACUUCCUCAGUAACUUCUGGAACAUAUUCAAGGUUCCUAAAACUCUUUCAAAUACUACUGAAAGCUGUUCAAGGACUGUUGAUGCUAACAGAGGCUAAAGCUAACACUAAUUAUUUAUUAAUUACAGUUAAUAUUAUUGAUUUUUGAUUUUAUUUAAUCCAUAAAAUGUGAAGUUCCAAUCAGAGUCUUCCUUAUAGUUAAAUUUGUUGUGAGCGAAACAUACAACUUAUUAAUAAUUUCUUUACUUGAUUAUUAUUGUUAAUUUCCUGCUUUUGUUUGUUGUUUCUGUUAUUUGUUAAAUUUUUUUGAUAGUUCAGGACCAGAGUAGCAAAUUAUUGAUUAUUAUUUUAAUGUUCUUACAAAAUAUGUAAUUUUUAUUAACCUAUAUUACUGUGACUAAAAACAUGGGACAUCCCUAAUGAUUAUUAUUAUUAUUAUUAUUAUCAUUACAAUAGGGACCGAGGACUGACCAGUGCACGGUCCCUAUUGUAAUGCAAGGAAUUAUUAUUAUUAUUUUCUGCCUCUUCGACUGCAUAUUUGACCCCCGCAGCAUGCUCGUAAAGUCAGGGAAAAUUGCACAAAAUUCAAAUGUAGCGAAAAUACCGGUAUGACAUUGUCCCCGUGCACUAAACUUCACAUAUUCUGUAACACUCCCACCCUGAACACUCUACAGUAAACUUCACAUAUUUGAUAAGAGUCCCGCCCUGAACACGUCUUUGUGACAAUGUUCAGAUAUGAGAGCGCCACCUACUGGCAGAGACAGUGGAUGUAAACAGUAGAAAACUAUUGUUAUGAAACAAGUUAUUCAUGACAAUUCUUAGUGAUUUUAAAAAUGUUCUUUACCUCAAAUUUUAACGUGAAAAUAAAUUCUGGCUUGGUGUGUGAUUAGUUUUGCACUGAAAAUGCCAACAUUAACUCAUGGUCAUAGUGCCCCCUACUGGCAACAGGAAGAAUUGUUUUAUACUGCUCCUUGUUGCAGGAUGAUUAGAUCAGCUUUAAUUGGUCAGAAGAUGCUUUUAAAAAUAUAAUACUCAUAACUUCAGUGUACAUGGUCCUAUCUCAAUGAAACUUCACAUAUUUUAUAAGAGUCCCGCCCUGAACUUGUCUAUGUGACAAUAUUCAGAUAUAGUGAGAGUGCCACCUACUGACAAUAGGAAGUAAGCGCUGCGUGGCUAUUUUGAUCUGAUUUACGUGAAAUGUUCAUGUUGUGGUCCGCAUGUGUUAUGAUCGCACGUGACGCAGCCGCAGCACAGCCCGACACACACCGGAUGCGAGGUCCCGUUCAAUGCUGCUUUAAUUAUUAUUAUUAUUAUUAUUACCUCCACCAUAUACUGUAUAUAGCAUGUAUAUACUUUUGAUCAUCCUGAUCAGUAAUCAAUACUCCCAUUAUUAAAGCAUUAAUCAACCUGAUCAGCCUUCAGCAGUUAGCUAGUGUUUCUGUAGUGGAGACUAAACGUUAACAAUGAUCCAUAUCAGCAGUUUGAAUCCAACUAAAAGCUCCCUGCACCAAACUCCCUUUAAGAAAUAUCACAUUUUAACAAUUCCUAACGUGUCUGUUUCUGUUACCUGUGAUCAUACAGAAGCUCAGGUGAGUGAGUGGCGCCCCCCAGUGGUCGUAAUGAUACUCACUCAUUGUUCUGAAGUUAUCAGCUCCUCAGCAUUGGUUAAUGUGUGUAUUCUUACCAUUUGAACCAAAUAAAUCCAUAAAAUCAACCCGAUAUCAUCAAUCAGAUUCUUAUUCUUGCAAAAUCACA